ACCAAGUCGACGAUCCUCAAGUACUUCACGCGCAGCGCCACCUCUCACCACGAGGGCUCCUACCUCAUCGACCCUCACACGGCCGUCGGCUUUUGCGCCUCCAAUCGCCGUGCCUCCGGCUCCGUGCAUCAAGUCGUGCUCUCCACGGCGCACCCGGCCAAGUUUGCCGAGGCCGUCACGGGCGCGCUGGAGGCUGCGCGCGACGUGCAGUGGGACUUUGAGCGCGACGUGCUGCCAAAGGAGAUGCGUGGCCUCUUGCAGCGCGAGCGCCGCUGCAGAGACGUCAAGCUGCCGCAAGGCAGUGGGGGCAAGGUGGAGAGACUGGCGCAGGCGACGAGAGAGGUGGUGGAGGAGCAGGCGCAGAGCAUGAAGAUGGCCAAAGAGGCGCCGACGCAGAGCUUGUAA